AUGGCCACGCAGGAGAUUGGGGCCAACAGUGUGCCUGCUGGCAUUGCCCCAGAGAAUGUCUAUGUCUCCCAGCCCGGGAGCUCCCAACCUUCUGGAAGCCAUGGGCAGCCUGUGGGGAUGAACAUUUACUCAACCUCGGGCAUGACUGAGCAGAAAGCGGGAAGGAUGAACUUCCAGCCCCCACUCAUGGUGGCACAGAGUCAGCACCCUGGGCUCCAGCCUCCAGCGGGAGGGUUCCAGGGCUCUUUGGGAGCCAGGAACCUCCAGACCCAGCCUGGGAGCCUGCAGAAUCCCCCAGUGAACCCCUCCAACCAGAGCCAGCAGAGCAGCAUGGCAUUUGGGUCAGUUCUUACAAUUGAUCCCAAGAGACUCAUAAAUAAGAAGACCAUAACACUAGGGGUCUGCGGCAGUGUGAGCAUGAACGUGGUCAGCAGCAUCAUCUCGUUCUUGGGGAUCUGCCUUCACAUUGUAGAACUGUUCUUGGGGGUCUCGAAACCUGUGUUGAGACAGGAAUUCAGGCACAAGUCUGCGGCUAUCCCAGGGAGCCCUAAGGGGAGGGAACAGGAGCAAAAGGGUGUCUUCUCUGGAGCUCAGAGCUUCGGGAGCUCUGAAGGCAGUGAGGCCAUGUAUCUCUCACCCUAUCCUGGGCUGUGCGGGAUAUGUCUCUCCAAUGGUCUCCUCCCGUUCACCCUGCUGGAGUUCUGCCUCACCUGCAUGGUCUCCUGUGCGGGGUGCCAGGAUAUGUGCUGUGACAAAUAUUUGAACGUCAUACCCGUUCCAGUCGCCGUCACUGUCAGCACCGCCAACACCACCAGCACCGCCAACACCACCAGCACCACCAGCCCAGCGGACAGCGCCAGCUCCAACCUCACCUACUGCAACGCCAAGCCCCGCUGA